AUUAAUUCAUUAAUUCCACCUUAUUCUUCUCAAUCUAUCUUCUUCUUCUUCGUCUCCCAUGAGAAGCAAAAAGGCUCGUGCCCUCGGGAUCCCGGUUAUAGAUCUUGCUCUCGAGAGGCCCAAAUUGUGCGAUUUAGUUGUAAAAGCAUGCGAAGAAUUUGGGUUUUUCCAGGUCGAGAACCACGGGAUUUCCUGGGAGGUGAUCUCUCGGGUCGAAAAGGAAGGCCUCGAGUUUUUCUCGAAGUCCGCAUGCGACAAGCAACGGGCCCGGCCCAGGCAGCCGAGCCCAUUUGGAUACGGCUGCAAGGAUAUUGGGUUCAAUGGUGAUAAAGGCGAGCUCGAGUAUAUUCUAUUGGAAGCCAAUCCUCAUUUGGUCUCACAGAGGGUCAAAUCUCUCUCCAGUGAUCCAACAAAGUUCAGUCGUGCAGUCAAUGAUUACGUCCGCGACGUCAGCAACCUCGCAUGUGACAUCCUCGAAAUCGCGGCCGAGGGCUUGUGGGUCCCCGACAAAUCCACUUUCAGCCACCUCAUCAGAAACCCAAGCAGCAUUGACUCGUGCUUUCGAAUCAACCACUACCCUUCGUCUGGUGACGUGGCAUCCGAUCAUCAUAAGCCGAGGAUCGGUUUUGGGGAGCACACGGACCCACAAGUGUUGACGAUCCUAUGGUCGAACGACGUUUGGGGGCUUCAGAUCUUGUCGGGGGACGGGUUGUGGGUCCCGAUUCCUCCUGACUCGGAAAAACUGUGCGUGUUGGUGGGGGACUCGUUGGAGGCGCUGACGAACGGGAAGUUCACGAGCGUGAGGCAUCGGGCGGUUUUGUCUUCGGGCUCGGUUGGGAAUAAUAAGAGGAUGUCGAUGAUGUAUUUCGCGGCGCCGUCGUUAGACGCGCGCGUGUCGCCAGUGGAGGAGAUGGUGUCGGAGGAGAAACCGAGCCUUUAUAGGGAGUUCACGUGGGGGGAGUACAAGAGGGCCGCGUACUUGUUGAGAUUGGCCGAUAAUCGACUCAAUAUGUUUAGGGUUUGAGAUUUUUGUAAUUUUUGCUUGUUUGAUUUUUUUGUUUUAGUUUUGGGGGGAAAUUAUUUGUGAUUGUUAUGAAUGUAGAAGAUAGGGCUUGGUGGAUGUAGUGUGUAGUUGAGCUUAUACGUGUAUGCAUGUUAUUGUGAGAGAUGGACGAGUUUUGAUGUGAGCCGUUGUCCUCAUCAAGAGAUGGAAGUAAUGUGAAAUGUGUGCUAGGUAUUUUUAGUUGAGUUUCCAUGAAUUAUAUUUAAGUUUUACUUAUUGAUAAG